UUUUAUCAUUAUUUUCAGCAAAUAAACGUGUCACAACCAUAUGUUUCUAUCAAAUAUGUCAUAAUAACCGACUGAAUGUGUCUUAUUUUGUCAUUUUUCAAGGUAUUUUAAGUGGUAAUUCGGGGGAAAUCAUGAACAAGCACUUUGCUAAAACUGACAUGACAGACCCAACCAUACACCUGUCUGGCUACAACCAAAUAAAAUAUGUAUCAAGAAAGUUGGAUUGUGCGAAGCAGUGCAGCCAAGACGACGCAUGCGCAGACUUCUACUACACGUCAUUAGAGGACAUCUGUUAUCUGAAUGGCGCGUCUUCGUCGAAUGUGUAUACAAUUCAAACUGCAAAUUUUGCCUUCUAUACAUUAAAUAUUGUUUCCGUCGGUUGUCCUGUAAAUGAAGGUGGAUGGUUUGUGCUAGAGGAGGACUCUAACAUUAUGUUAAGCUUAUUCACCACGACGGCGGCAGUGACGUUACAAGAGGCUGUUGAUCAUUGUGCUUCCCUCAACGCACAUCCUUUACAAAUUCAAACUGUUGACAAAAUGAAUUUUGUUAGAGACCAGUUAAUACCAUGUGCAGACGUGAAUGGCCAUCAUUAUUGAUUGAUGCA